AUGCCGAGUCUGCCACACAGCAUGCUGCCUGCCAGGCUCCUGCUGCUGGCCCUGCUCCAGGGGACCUCUACCCUGCGCAGCGAGCUGCUGGCAUGCAUCAUCUCGGAGCGACAAGGUCACUUGCCCAGAGGACCUAAGAGGCAGUGCCCCCUACUAGCACCCCCAUUCCCAGCGGCUCCUGGGUCCUGGCUGCGCCGACCCCUCUUCAGCCUGCAACUGUCAGACGCUGAGGAUGCCUUCCCCCGUCCUGCGGGGCCGCUCGAGGUGCCUGCCGACAGCCGAGUGUUCGUACAGGCGGCCCUGAUCCGCCCCUCCCGGCGCUGGGGCCUGGCGCUGCAUCGCUGCUCAGUGACACCAUCCUCACGGCCUGCCCCUGGCCCCGCGCUGGCGCUGCUGCGUGGGGGCUGCCCCGCGGACACCUCGGUGCUCUUUGCGCCGCCGCCCCGGUUCGGUGCCGCCCACCCCGCGCGUUUCAGCUUCCUUCUGCGGCCCGUCUUCAACUCCUCCUUGCAGUUCCUGCACUGCCAGCUGAGCCGCUGCCGCCGCCUCCGGGGAGCCCGCCGGGCCACGCCGCCGCCUCUGCGGCCCAGUGCUGGGAACGUGGGUGCUGGGCCUCGGGGUUUGGGGAUCGGCGAUGGGACACUUCUGAGGUCUGGGUGUACACACGUGUAGACACAGGGACCCCCUAAGGGCUAUUCACGGGCCGGCCAGUGAGCAUUGUAUACACUGCCCGGAGGCGGGUUGCAGGGACCCCUGAGGGCCCAAAUCCCUGGGUUCUAAUGUUGAUUCUAAGGUUAGGGACUAGUGGGGGUGGAGGAUGGCCCUCCCUUUGAGGCUCCUCCUGGCUGAACUGAGCUGAGCGCCCCUAAGGCCGUGGUUCCCAACCUUGCUGCCACCCUUUCCUACAGCUCAUGUUGUGGUGACCCCCCAACCAUAAAAUUAUUUUCAUUGCUACUUCAUCACUGUA